AUGUCGGCAGGCCCAGGGCCACCGAAAUCGCCCGCGCCGCAUCCACCUCGACGGGGCCAGAGCGUCACCGCCGGGAGGUUCACGCGGUACAGGAGCGUGCGGGAGCACAAGAGCAUGCUGGACUUUGGGCGCAACUGGCGGGACUGGGAGGUGGACAUUUUCCAGGACGACGAUACGGUGUCGAAUGCCACGACCGAGACGGGCACGGCGACGAGCAUCGCCCUGGGCCUCGGUAUCGGGAUUGCUGUGGAUGAGGAGGACCUUGGUGAUGAUGGGCACACGACGCAGACAUCCGUAUCGCCGCAUCGUCAUCAGCAGCAGCAAACACCGGCUUCAUCGGCGAGGAAGAGGCGCACGGCGCCGUUGCUGUCGACGCCGCCGCCGCAGACACCGUCUGGAGCACCGCAGUUGACGAUGCAAUGGCAGUGGCCCGAUCUCUUGGCCAGUACCGGCAUCGACGAAGGAUUUUCUCCGUUUGAUUUUGAAAGCUCCUCCGUGGGCGAUGCAUCAGCAGGAGGUAGACGUCGUGGUGCGAGUUACUAUUGUCGUGGGGGUGGUGGACUGGGUCCUGGUGUUGGUGUUGGUUUUGGAGAUGGUGCGGUUGGCAGUGGGAAAAGAAUCGUGGUCCCAGCCCCCCCCGAGUCCCCUGUGCGCUUCAGCUACCCCAAUCGACGGCGACCCAAGACGGCCCCCGACACGACGGACCUUGACCUGGACGACAGCCCCUUGCAUGGAAGCUCCUCUCCUCCCUUUUUUUCUUCUUCGCCGCCUUCUUCGUCCCCAACUACCACCAGAUCAUCUCCUGCGGGUGGUGCGAGCAUCAGUGCCAGUGCGACAACAGCUGGUGGAACAGACGCAUGCGGCCCCAGACCUGGCAGACCCCCAAGCGAGCCCGGCUCCCUGUUCUCCCUAGCGCGGUCCUAUUCCGGAUCCAGGUCCCCAGCCCCAGGGGUUUUCUCCACCCAGGCAGCCCCUUUGUACACCCUUGGCCCCUGUCCGCCGGCCCCGUCUGCAGCAUCAGCGUUAUUACCACCAGCGUCGGGGUCCGCUGCUGGUGCGUCUGCCUCUUGGUCUGCGGCACCCAAACCGAACCAGAGUGUACCACCAACACCAACACCACCACCCGCAGUCGCAGUCGCCCGCGCAUUUGCACUUGCGCCAGCGCCAGGUCAGGGAGCGCUAGGAACGACACCACUUGCACCAGUUACACCACCGCCGCCAAUACCGCAUCGCCCUCCUCCUCCUCCUCCACCACAAACACACUCACCUCAUCCACCACAACCAUCUCCUGGAUUGGGAUUGGGUCUGCUUCCGUUGCCCUUCCCGGCUCAAGGCCAAGCCCACGCCCGAGCCCAGGCACAUCAUACCCGAGCACGCGACCUCGUCCCGCCUCCCGGUCCCCAUCUGCGCCCUCGUUCACACAACCCAGUCUUGAUUUCUUCCCACUCGUCAUGCGCCGACCUGAAGCUCGCUGCCAGGGCUGAACACGCUCGCUCUCAAAUCAUCACCAAGCUCGCCCUCCAACCUGUCUCCGACAACAACGACUUCAACAACAAGGAGGACCUUAUCCGCAACCCCCAGGGUGACCAGCAGCUUGCCCAUCAAGAGGAGGAUCGACAGCACUGGCGCCACCAACACCACCAGCAACUGCUUGCCGAGGAAGAAGAGGAGCACCGACGUCGCAAGGAACAGGAAGAGGAGGACGCUGCUCGCUGGGCCCAAGAGGUUGCCCGACUCGAGGCAGAGACCGAUCGCAUCUUGGCAGAUCAAAAGGCAAAGGACCUCGCACGACUCCAGGCUCAAUUGGCUGCCGUGCCCGACGCACCAUCCUCCCGCGUCCGGAGCCCCAUUGUCGACAAGUUUACCUUCUUCUUGAGAAAGGGUCGCAAGUCCGACGCUGCCACGACUCUCACAAAGGCCCCCUCUCAAUAUUUCCAGCCCCUCACCCUCGACCACAGGCCCGUGAGCGUCAUGGAUCCUUCCCGCUUCAUACAAGCCGGUGGCGGCGGCAUCGUCCCCCAGACAGAUGCCCCGACCUCUGCCAGCAAUGCCGGAGAACGCCGAGUGACGAUACGCUGCAUGCAGUCGUCAAUCAGUCUUCCAGUGACCCCCGAUACUACGCCAAAUGAGAUUCUAUACUCGGCCGCCAACCUCAUGACCCACAAUAUCAAUCCGCAAACCAGCGUCGUGCUCGAGUGCUACUUCGCCUUUGGACUGGAACGCCGGCUGAGACGCUACGAGCCCGUGGCUCUUGUGAUGAACUCCUGGGACCGCGAUACCCAGCACUGCCUGCUCAUCGUACCGGGUGAAUCCACGGAUAAGAACCCCGACCUGAACCUCGAAGGUGUGCCCCGCACCAUCGAUCCGCCCCCAGGUCUCAUCAACUUUGCGCUAUACCACUCUCAGCGACCUGGUAAAUGGAACAAACGCUACAUCACACUCCUGGAGACUGGGCAGGUCUUUUCUGCCAAGAAGAAGGAUGCCAGAUUGUCGGACAAGGACGCCGUUUCGCUCUGCCAUCUUUCCGACUUCGACCUAUACACGGUCACCGAAAAGGACAUGUUGAAGCAGAUUAGAGCUCCAAAGAAGAACUGUUUUGCCGUCAAGAGUCAGCAGAAAUCCACCGUGUUCCAGAACACGGAAAACUUCAUCCACUUCUUCGCCACGGACGACACCAGGCUCGCGGAAGACUUCCAAAGGAUCAUCCAGGGAUGGCGCAGCUGGUACAUUGCGAAUAAAGUAGUUGAUCUGAACAAGAAAAAGUCGUCUACGCACAGCAGUACCGGAAGAAGCGCAACAAAAGCGGGCGGCCUUACACGAAGCGGCACCUUACACCGGCCUAGGGUGUCGAACGACGAGACGCCCUAUACCAUCGGGACUUUCUCCCCGCUCCUAGAUAUGGACAGAUUCGAAAAACCGAUUGACGACUUUGGGAAGGACUUGGACAACAAACCGACGGCACGACCGGCGGAUCAUCACUCCACACCCAGGCACACCCAGUCUCAAAAAGUUGUCUCUCGAUCCAGAACGACGCCGAACCUGUCACAGCCUCUCACAAAGCGACUUAUCGACCCCUUUGCCAAGGCCGAAUUCAAGUCCGGCGGCCUGCUGGGCCACGGUUACGAGGGACGCAAGCAACAAGCAGAGAAGGCUGCUGCUACCGCAGAACAUCAACAAUACGCGGUGGAGAGCCCAUUCACCGGCGGGCCUUCGCUGCUCAGCCAUUUCUCAGAGCCCGACAACAACGGGAUGCCACAGAGAAGAGGCACGGUGCGUUCGUCUCGGCCGACGGCUGCAGACUCCCUGCCCCAACCGCGGAGUCGAUCACGGCCGCCCGUCGCUCGUCCGACGACUUCGUCGCGUCCAAAGACAUCGGACGGCGGGUCGUCUUCAGGGAAACGAGAGAUGCCGCAGCCUCUCGUCGACCUCACGCCCAGGGUGCCUGACCUGCCCGCAGCCUGGCGAGACGGCCAAGGCCGCGGUGUACGGGUGCCCACCGGAAAGCCCCUGAUUGAGAUGGCGACGGGCCUGGAGCUGCCAGACGGGCACCUGGGACCGCAGCUGCCGACCGUCACGCGCAUGGGCACGGCAAAGGCGUACCCUCCCCAGCGCAUGGCGUCGCAGUCAGCGGCGUCGAGGCCGAGGAGUCGGUCCACGGCAGGCGGCGGUGCCGUACGUCGCGUGGUCUCCAAUGAGCAGCAACAGCCUCCCGUGCCGUCUAUGCCCAGACAAUCGUCGAGGCGGGACGACGAGGACGUUCCGCUCAUCAACUUUGUGGAACGUGAGAGGGGCCGCGAUACGAAGCCUCGCAUGUCGCAGGGUGCGUCGCAGGGUCUUGGCAGGAGUGGUACCGUCAGGCACUGA